UUUGACACGUGAUUCUCUUUUUGUUUUUUUGUUUGUUGACAAAUGAAUUUUUGUUUGUAAUUUUGAUAAAAUGUUUGGUGAAGGAACAUCAAAUCUUCAACAAUCAUCAUCAUCAUCAUCAUCGACAGCAACAACAACAACAACAAAUGUUGCAUCUAAUGGUGGUGGUAAUGGAAUUAACAAUGAACAUGGUCCACAUUCGAAUCCAUUUCAUCCAGGUUUAAAUCAUGAUUAUCGUUAUCGUGAUCAAAUGUAUCGUUUGAUUAUAUCACAAUUAUAUUAUGAUGGACAAGCUCAAUUAGCUAAAAAUAUUUCGGGUGUUAUGGGUAUAUUGGAUAUGUGUCCACCAUCGGAUCGUCUUUAUCAAACAGUUGCUCAAUCAUUGAUUGCUUCGGGUGAACUACCAACAACAAAAUCAUCGAAUAAUGAUUCACUAUACAAUAUCCUAACGGAUGGAAUUGAUUUGGAUUUUGAAACCGAACGACAACCAUCAGCAUCAACAUUAGCACCAUCAACAUAUGAAACAAUUUAUGUUACAUCACAUAAAGGUCCUUGUCGUGCUGGAUGUUUUAAUCCUAAUGGUCAAUUAUUAGCUACUGGAUCGGUUGAUGCUAGUAUUAAAAUCCUUGAUGUUGAACGUAUGUUAGCUAAAUCAUUUAUUCCAAUCAAUACAAAUAAUACUGGUAGCAGUAAUAAUAAUCAAAAUAAUGAUCAACAACAACCAUCACAACAACAACAACCUCAACAAUCACAACAACAACAACAAGAACAUAAUUCUGAUAGUCAUCCUGUAAUUCGUACAUUAUAUGAUCAUAUGGAAGAAGUAUCUUGUUUAAUAUUUCAUCCACGUGAUCAAUUUUUAAUAUCUGGUUCACAUGAUAUGACUAUAAAAAUAUUUGAUUAUUCAAAACCAUCAGUAAAACGUGCUUGUAAAUCAAUACAAGAAUCAAAUACAAUCCGAUGUUUAGCUAUUCAUCCAACUGGUGAUUAUUUGAUUGUUGGUUCACAACAUCCAACCAUACGUUUAUAUCAUAUGCCAACAUUUCAAUCAUUUAUUUCAUCAAUGAUUUCGGAUCAACAUAAAGGACCAAUAACAUCAAUAUGUUAUUCACCAAAUACACAAUGUUAUGCUUCCAGUUCAAAAGAUGGUGAUAUACGUAUUUGGGAUACUGUUUCAAAUCGUUGUGUUGGUAUAUUACCACGUGCACAUGAAGGUCUGGAAAUUUGUUCAUUACAAUAUUCACGUAAUGGAAAGUAUUUACUAUCAAGCGGCAAGGAUUCAAUGGUAAAAUUAUGGGAAUUAUCAAUGUCACGUUGUUUGAUUGCUUAUACUGGUGCUGGACAAAAUGCACAAAAACAUCGUACACAAGCAACAUUUAAUCAUACUGAAGAUUUUGUUAUGAUGCCUGAUGAAAUGUCAACAUCAUUAUGUGUUUGGGAUGCACGAAAUGCAGAACGACAACCAUUACUUGCACUUGGUCAUAAUCAACCUGUUCGACAAAUUUGUCAUUCACCUGUUGGUCCUUGUUUCCUAACUUGUUCGGAUGAUUUUCGUGCACGAUUCUGGUAUCAUCGUCCACCUUUAUCCGAAUAAAUUCAUUGAUAAUAAUAAUAAUGACAUUUAUAAAGGCCGGAAAAAAAACAAAUUCGGUUGUGUAACUAUGACAUUUUCAAACAGAAAAAAAAGUUUAAUUACUCUGAUGAUCAUGAACUUU